AUGAAUAAAUCAUAAAAUUAAAUAACCCCUACUUCUCAUCCUGGUUCAGUAAUAUUGAGUAAUAAUGCAGGGAUUGGAUAAAAAGCAGAAACUGAUUUAUAUGAUAAAAUUGCUAAAUUUCAUUAAAUCACAUUGCAUAAGUAUAGAUGUGGGAUGAAAAUAUAGGCAUGACAUAGACAAAAUAAAAACAGAUGAAAGAGUAUAAGCAGCAGAUUAUGCAAUUAAAAUAAAGACUGAGAAAAUUAAAUUGGGAAUGGAGAUUGUAGAGAUAUUACUUAAAGAGAGAUUAAAAUUCAUUUAAUAAAUGCAAUAAAACGAAUAAAAAUUAAUGGCAAUUUUAAAAGAAACUUGUUAGUUAUUUUCUAUAGAAAAAUUUGAUGAUUUUCCAAGAGAUUAAUUUACAAAUUAUUUAAAAUCAUUAAGAGAUAUACUUUUACUAACUUAUCCAUCAUUUAAAACAUUAAAUACAAUUAUCCAUCAUAGUGAGAAAUAUUAUCAACAAAAAACAAGAUGGAAAUCAUAUUGUUAAUAGAAAGUAUGUAUUAAUGGAUAUUUAAUGGGAUUAUUAAAUAUGAAUUUAAUUGAUGUGUCUAAUGCUUUAUAUCAUAAAUUAAAAAAAUAUAAAAUAUAAUUGUUAUAAAUACAUGGAGGUUAAGAGUAAGAUAAUUAUGUGUUAAAUGAUGAAUAAUUAUAGAAAUUAUUAAAUUUUUUAACUGAGAUUAAUGUUGAUUUUGCAGAUAAUAUUAGUGCACAUUUAAGCAUAAUAGUUUAUUAAUGGAUAGAUGAUGUGACUAAAAUGUAAAGUGGGUAAGAUAUUAUUAAUAUUUAAUCAAAUUAGUUACUAAAUUAAUUUAGAUAUCUAUUUUAAUUUUUUGGGUCAAUUUGAAAGUCGAAUUUUGGAUAAAUUAUUUGAAUUAGAUAAUUUAUAAUUGAGAUGUGAAGCCAUUUAACAUUAAAAUGAGAAGGCAUAGAAAAUUUUAAAGAGAAUGAUUCUACCUUAAAAAUAUGAUAAUUAUAACAUACAAUUAGGAGUACAGAUAUAAGAUAUAUUGAAUAAUAACUAAGCUCAAAUCUUAAAAACUAAGGAUGAAUUAUUAAAAACAAAAAUGAUAGAAAUAAUUAUGUUAGAAUCAUAAGAUCCAGAUGAUACUUAUAAACCUAUAGGGUAAUUUAAAGGAGCUCAAAGGUUGAUUCCUAAAGUAAUUGUUGUCAUGUAAGCUAUGAUACAAAAUAAAAUCAUCUUUUUAGAUCAAAAAUUAAAUGAAGUUCAAUUAAUAUUGACUGGAGUAAAACAAUUAUUUUUAAGUUUAAAAGAACUAUUAGUAGCAGAAAAAAAGUUAUCUAAAGCUUAAGCUUUGUAUACAAAUUUAAAAUCAACUGUAGAAAACUUAAGAAGAGAUAAGACCAAAAUAAAUACAGAAGAAUUAUAUGAUCAAACAUUAAAAUUAUAAAAAUAUGUGAAUAUCUUAUCUGAAUAAGCUAAUAUAGCUUUGAUGAUUUCAGAACAAUUACCUAAGAUAAGUGAAUUUAUUUAGAUGAUUUAAAGGUUUAUCACUAAAUAAUAAUUCUUAACAAAUGAUAUAUUAAGGAUCCUAGGAAUUGAAAAAGUAUGA